AUGUCUAUUGCCACUGAGCUGUUGAAAAGUUCCCUAGCCAAUGGCGGCUUUGGGGAUCCGGAUCUCACACCCAAACCAUUACGAAUUUCUAAGCGAGACCAUACUGAAACAUCGACUGCCGGCACCGUUAAUACCUCGCUCUCCAUACGUAAAUCGCAAACACAUCGCAACUUGCAGGCGCUUGCGCCAAGCAAGAGAUCCUCAAUCCGUGUCAAUAGCACGCAGCUCGACCUGUCCCUACAGAAUCCCGCUGCGCCAACCUCACAAUGGGCCCGCCGAAACACCUUCCUUCACGUGCAUAAGCAGCGUCAUUCUGAGCCGAUCAACACGAAUACGGCCGCUCUCACCGCGAUAUCCAGGGAGCCGAUUGGCUUCUCGCCUUUCAAUCCUCCUGCAAGAUCCCGCGACUCAUGCCCUACAAUGGGCCCAUUGGGAAGCAGCUCCGAUGCAAGCAAAGCCAUUGGUGCAGUCAGACCAGCCUCUGCACGAGCGUUCACUACCGGGACUUACAGAAGGCCAAAUCCAUUGAGUCCGGUCCAUGAGGUUUCAUCGUCAUCUUCAAUACCAUCAGCACCGCGAGGGGGUCAACGAAGAGCCGUGACUAACGUGGAGGCGUUCCACAAAGAUCUGGACGCCUCUAAAUCCCGCCCACAUCACGGCUUAAGGAAGCAAAGUUCUAUCAAGAAUAGUCUAAUGUCUCGAAUGAUGAGCGGUUUGGCGAACAGAACUCAUGCCGGCCAUGCAGUGUCGCGAGGUGGAAAAGAUGCUACGCAGAUCCCCCAGCAAUCUUCCCCGGCUACCGAAUCUCGAGCUCGCGAAGAUACGUACGCUUCACGGCAAAGCAGUUCAAGUACGGGGACAGAUACGUACUGCGCGUACUGCGGAAGCGACCACGACGAUACCCUGGCGGAUUUCCCGGUCCCACCAAUGUCUAAAGCUACGUCUCCCACGACCGCUGGGUCACUCAGCUCCUGUAACUCAUCCAGGUCGAGAAGAUUCAGAGAGCUCUGCACGCCCGCCAAUGCUGUCCUGAUGGGUGCCGAGCUCACGUUGACCCCAGAAUACGACCAGUUGAGCACCGAGAAGGGCCGGAGCAUGUUUGUGUCACUCGACAUCAAGGGCACCACGAACUCAACAUCCAGCGUACAAGAUGUCUGGUCACAGCAUACGGGCCUCGAUGUAGUUGUGGUCAUUGAUAACUCGCUCUAUACCUCCCCGGCCGUACUAAUGGCAAGUUGUGAGACUGCAAGAUUCUUGGCGUCAAUCUUGAAUGGGAUAACCGAUAGAUUGGCGAUCAUUUGUACAUCAACCAUUGACACGGGUGGCGCCAACUCCAGGGUUGUCAGGGAUUUGGAUAAAGUAGAGAUGCCCAUGAUAAAAGAUGCUCUGGAUGCCAUCACGAGCUCAAUUGAGAAGCCAAAUACAGAAGCCUGGACCGAUACUAUUGACUGCGCAAAAGAACUCCUACUGAAAUCCGCAGAGCCAGACCCAGAUGAAGAGCUACUUCAGGACACCUUCGGACAUAUCUUCCUUCUCACCCCAGAUACUGAUAGGCUUCCUUCCCAGUCACUGGCGCACGAGAAGCUGACGUUCCACAUCAUCAGUCCUGCAGGCGCCCCGAAGAAUGAUCAGUCUUCCAUUCACUGCAAUGGAUGGAAAUUGCGCUCGUUAUCUGGGAACGACACACAAGUCGUGAGCGCAAAGAAGGAUCUCGACCCAACCAGUGUGUCGAACCGACUUCGAGUUCUAAUCCCUCAAGCUCGCAGUGGAAAGUUCUUGGGAAAUCUGACCGAGCUUGUCCUGGAGGUUUCCGCGGGCCCAGAUUGUGUCAUUGAGGGCGUCAUAGGCAAAGUCAAGUUCACCAAGCUACACCCUGGUGAAGUCUUUACGGUACUGUUCAAGCUCAGAGUUCCUGCUGCAAGGGUACAGGAGUACGCUGUACCUCGCACUCCAACACGGUCAUCAGAGGCGUUACCGAAUACUCAAGAUAUCCUGAGUCAGCUGGACAGGAUGCUGGGGACUACAGACGCAAAGAUACUCUGUGCGACACUCACGUACAAAAACUCGUUGCUUCCAGCAGGUACUACGUGCUCCGUCACGACCAAGUGCCACACGAAGAAGGGCCUUCCAGACCUUGAUCAGAAGCCAAGCCCUUCGAAAUUCAGGUUGCUUCAGGCCAGAGAUUGUACCGUCUUGGUGCAUAAGCGCCUCGCAUACCACCUGGCCACUCAUGGAUCACCCAGAAACGCUUUCAAAACUCUACACAGCGAGUUCGGUGAUAGAUUUCAGCUCUCGCUCUGCCCAGACUACAUCAAUCUUCUCGCCAAAGAGCUCAAAUACCAGGCCAGGAUCGUGGAGCGCCUGGAGAUCGGGGCGUCGCCUAAGAAGUCUUCCGCCGUCUACGCUGCCAGCAGCCCUUCUGAAAACCGCGGCCAAAGCUCCUUUGGUGCUGAACUACACAAGCCCCAGCAUUGUGCCACCAGUGACAUUCCAACCGAGGAGCUUUUCAAAGUGGAGCCAGCUCUAGCCGUCCUGUCCCUCAAGGAGUCAAGAGAGCAUCUGCGCACAGACGAGGCGAGGAGAAUAUGGGGCGACCUGAGGAAGAUGAAGAGACCGCCUGACCAGACUGUGAGGGGUCGAUCGGUAAGCUCACAGUUAGAUGAGGCCAGGAAAAAGGGUAUCAAGGAACUCGCUGUCAAGAACAAGAGGAGUCUGGGAUCCGAUACUCUCAGGAGUAUCUUCUCGGCUGGGGAGAGCAUGGGAAAGGGGCUUGGUUCACCUUGGAUGUGA